CUAGUUCUCUUAGCUCUGGUUACGGGAAUGUUUCACCCAGUCCAUCUCCUUCAAUUAACACUCACUUCACGUGGGAUGUGUUGAGAAGUACUCCCAGUCCUGCAUCAUCAAAUAAUAGUGACAUGGAGAAUUUGCCGCCGUGCCCUCCUUUCACUACAGCCAAGGUUCCAUGCCAUCUUCAGCUCUCUUCAGUUCAUCCAUUGAUGAAGGGAUCGACAUCAGUGGAGGAAGCUUGCCAUUCUCUAUGGAUGAUAAUCUACCCAAUGAUAGUCCUACCAAAAAAUUCAAGCCGUCAAUGAAGACAUCCUACAAAUGUACAUGGCAGGGAUGCGGAAAGACCCUCUCUACAGUUCAAGGCAUCGAGAGACACAUCAGAACAAUCCACCUCAGGAAAAAAGAAGGAGAGGAGUACAGUGAUCAUGAAGAAGAGUUCUACUACACUGAGAUUGAUACAACGGUCGAAUCGGUCUCAGAUACACUGGCUAACAUGUGUACUUCCUCACCACCACCAUCUACUGGAUUCAUCAUCGAUCAGAGUCUGCUGCCCCACUCGCAUCCGCAAAACAUCCCUCAAAAACCCAUGGAAGUCUCUUCUCCCUCUCCUAUCAUGGCCAAGAGAGGGCGACAUCUCUCCACAUCCAGCGACAUUGUUUCUUCAAGCGUCAUCUGUGAUUCGACCAACCCACCGUUGGUUGGCUCUUUGCCCAAUCAAGCAAUCGCUAUGCUUGCAUCUCCAAUGAGCCUUCCUAGCAGUGGAGCUCAGUUCUCCUGGUGUCCAGUCUCUUCUUCUCCAGCAUCAUUCAGCUUUCCCUCAUCAUCCUCCUCUUCAUCAUCCCAACCCUCGCAGCCACCCACAUUGAACAGGGUCCGUCACAAGUCAGCACCUCACAGCUCUGCUGGACAACCAAAGAUCAGAUCAGAAGGAAAGAAAUGUCGUAAGGUGUAUGGCAUGGAGAAAAGAGACAUGUGGUGUACCCAGUGUAGGUGGAAGAAAGCUUGCGUUAGGUUCACCUAGGUACCACAUCGUCAUGGGCGUGUCAGGCUCACUUAGAUACCACAUUGUGAUGGGCAUGUUAGGUUCACCUAGAUACCACAUUGUGAUGGGCGUGUUAGGUUCACCUAGAUACCACAUCAUCAUGGGCGUGUUAGGUUCUCCUAGAUACCACAUCAUCAUGGGCGUGUUAGGUUCACCUAGACACCAUAUCGUCAUGGGCGUGUCCUAACCAUCCUCACCAGUUAUCAUGCAAGAUCAUUGCCCCACCUCCACCACCUCCACCACCAAUGCUGUCAACAAGACUCUUUACCCUGUUAUGAUGAUCAUGAUUGACAAAUUUUUCUAACUGACUUCUAUGAAAAGAAGAAGAUGAUUGUAAGUAAGCAAUCAGAAGGACAUUUGGCUUUGAACCUUCUCCUCUGGGACUUGAUACUGAAUAUUGAAUUAUACAAAUGUUAAUGGUCUUGAUCUUGUCCCAUGCAGUUAGAGAAAAAGCUUAUUGUUUACAUGCUUCAAGUGAGAUUUCUAUGCUGCAAACUCCUCUAACUGAAAUUCAUGAUGAGAUCAUGUCAUGCAGCUGGAAAGAUUGGGACAUAGCUGAUUAUUAAAGUCAUUUCAACAUAAUGCAUAUAAUGCAAAGAUUAUAAUUUACUUGACAGUUGUUGGUGAGGGUUAUUACCAGAAAACAAUAUGAUCAAAUACAUCCAAGCACUUGCAUAAACUCUCUUUUGAGCUGAACUCUUUACUCAUGUAUGAAGUAAGAGUAGUUGUUAGUGUGUCAGGUUUGACCAAAGGUUGAGUCUCAAAACCUUGAAUGUCAUGCAUUGGAAAGAUAUGAGACAGAUAGAUCAAUCUGUUUCCAUUUUCUACAGUUUGUAUAAAACUGUUUGGAUUUAUACUUUCUUCCAUUUUGGUGUUUUGUAAAUAUAUAUUACAAACAACUUAUCUUUGAAUGCGCAAAAAACCUUGGCAUUUUUAUUUUGUUGAUUUUUUGUUGUUGUUACAAGUAGAACAAAAAUAUUUUUCUAUUCUUCACACUUGAAUAUUCUUUUCAUUUACUAUUGUGAAUUUAUUUUACAUGAGUGACUAACAAAGAAAUUAAGUUGUAUAUUAUGUUAGUGAGAUAAAGAAAACAUUUUCAAGAAACUGCGUUGAUAAUGUGUCCUGGAAGACUCCUAAUCCUGUUCAUCACUUUCAAUAAAGAUGUACAUCUAAUUUUGAUUUUCUUUAUCUUUUCGUUUCAUGAUAUUAAAAUCACAUGAUGAAACUACGACCCCAAAAGGGGGGGGGGGACUAAAAAAUAACUUUGAUCAAUAAUAUUUUUAUUGCACUUUUGAUACUUUCUUGUUUAUUCUUGCCUUCAUAUUUUAAAUCUCUCUUCUCAUGCUGUGUGUACGCCCCUUCCGAUGUACAAUGACUCUUCUGCCAGUUGAAUUGCAGUCAUGUAGCUUACACUGCAUUCAAAAGCAGGGGAAUAUAACAUUUGGUUAAACAUCAGGAUUUUCAUUUUCAAAAUGACGGGUGGUAUUUUGAUAUAAGUCAAUCUAUAGUUUUACUCGGAACAUUUGUUAAAUAAAUGCUGUACUGUUUUGUUAUUGAAGGUGUAUAAUCAUAGUAAUGAUCCGAAUUGUUCUUUUUAAGGGAUGCUGAUUAUACUGAAUAUUUUCACUUGGACUUUCAGAUUUGUUUU